CGCGGUCCACUGUCGCGCGUAUCACCACCGCACAGGCGAGAGCAUCACCGUCAUUCGUUUGUUCACUGGCCGCGCUACCGAACGCGUUUCAAAUUUGGGAAAAUGUGCAAUUGAACCCGAGCGUGUAGUCCCUCUUUCAGUCGAGUAUCCUACAACGGUCCUGCUGCUGCUGCUGCUGCGGUGUGUGUUCUGUGUUCUUCAGUGUCGAAAGGAAGAAAGUGAUCCGAGUUUGGUCCAUCUAAGGGCCGAGUUCUGAGGUCUUGGUGUGACCGGAGGUGCCGUCGAAUUGCCUAAGCGAAGCGGUCCAAGCUGGAAUUGAAUUCCAUUAUGUUCCCAUUCUCCUCGCUGCAAGUCGAGUACAGCAACUUCCACCGUUCGUCGCAAAUCAUGUCCAACGCACUGAGCAUGACCAACUCCGGCUUCCCCCACUCGUGGAUCGUGUCCGGGCAGGACUUUUGCCCAAUCACCUACUCGUCGAUCCAGUCGCACAACUCGGCCGUCUCCAACAACCUGGCGACGGUGGAACCGGGUCUGAUCGAGCUGCGCAAGGAGAAGUCCCGUGACGCUGCGCGAUCUCGCCGGGGAAAGGAGAACUACGAAUUCUACGAGUUGGCCAAGAUGCUGCCGUUGCCGUCGGCUAUCACCACACAACUGGACAAGGCAUCCAUCAUCCGGUUGACAAUCAGUUACCUUAAGCUUAAGGAGUUCAGCGAGAAUGGUGUUCCGUCGUGGAACAAGGAACCGAUCGGAUUCCAGAAUUACACAACACCUCAGUAUUUUAACGAAAUGUUCGAGACCCACCUGGGCACGCACAUUUUGCAAUCGUUGGACGGGUUCGCUGUUUCUACGGGAAACGACGGACGAUUUCUGUACAUUUCGGAGACGGUUUCUAUCUACCUUGGGCUCUCGCAGGUCGAGAUGACCGGUAGUAGCAUCUUCGAUUAUAUCCACAAAGGCGAUCAUGCCGAGGUGGAGCAACAGCUUGGAGUCAAAAAGAACUCCGACUACUACAGCGGCUAUUCGGACGAACCGCCGGAGAAGACGGUGCUGAAGAUAGUGAAGGAAAGCAAAGCUCUUCCAGGGGAGACAUUCGAGGGAGACGACCGAGCAUUCUGCGUGCGAAUGAAGUCAACGUUGACGAAGCGAGGUUGCCAUUUCAAAUCCUCCGGAUAUAGAGUUAUCCUACUGCUGUGCCACCUGCGGAAGAAGAACAAUUCGACGGAGGAGCACAGCGAGAAGCAAACUGUGAUCGGGAUGGUCGGCAUUGGGAUCGCACUGCCGCCACCGUCGCUGCACGAGAUCAAACUGGAAUCCGAUAUGUUUGUGUUCCGGACCAGUUUGGAUCUCACGAUCAUUCACUGCGAAAAUAGAAUUUCCAGUUUCCUUGACUAUACGGCCGAUGAGCUAAAUGGGAAGAGCGUGUACACGUUGUGUCACGGACAGGAUGCUUCCAAGUUGAAGAAAAGCCACAGUGAAUUGAUCCAAAAAGGUCAAGUAUUGACCCCGUUCUACCGAAUCCUAAACAAAAACUCCGGAUACUUCUGGAUCCAGACUUGCUGUACGAUGGUCUGUCAGACGAAAAAUAUGAGCGAUCAGACAGUGAUCUGCGUCAACUACAUCAUAACACGUCCGGAGAAGGAGAACAUGAUCAUGGACAUCUCGCAAAUGCCAAAUGUUAACCACAACGAUUACCACAUUGGAAGCAAGAGUGUGGCCGCAGCAGCUGCCAAACGAGCGGCAGCCGCCGCCAGCAUGGAGUACGAAAUGGAAGUCAAGGACAAGUACGGGGAGCUGGCUGGAAGCCAGAGCGACGCGUACCUGGACGGCCAUGUGGACCACAAGGAGCUGAUCGACAAGUCACCACACAAAGCGAUAGGUCUCGGCAUGUUCGACAAGAAGGACGCUAUGGACUACAAAGACAAGCACGUGGACAGGGACAAGGGAUGCAGCAAUAGUAAACAACAACGGCUUAAAGCUGGCAGUCCGAUGAUGAACAUGUCGGUCAACGAGAACCAAGGAAUCGAAAAGAAAAGCUCCAACGGUAAAAAGAACAUCUCCAACCGAGCGAGCGUGAUUCGGGUGCUCAACAAGACGUCAUCGAAGAAGAUCCUCCAGGAAAACCAUUAGGAGCACUCUACAGGCCAUAGUUUUACCACAGAGACAUUCCGCCCUUCCCAUUCCACAACUAAACAUACUAUUCUAUCCAGUGUGCUACGCCGCUUGCGAAACGAACAAUACUCGUCACUAUUUAUUGCUUCUGCAAUUAUUGUCUUCAUCAUAGGAUAAUACUCAUGACAAAUCCAGCAUUGUUACAUUCUACCCUCUGCAAUCGUCAUCGUACUACUAAUUAUAAAAAAAAGCAAAGUAACCAGUGUCAGUAUAAUUAAGCAACGUUAGCAAUCAUACCAACUAGUAUUUGUAAUUAUAUUAUUGAUAAGUUAGUAAAGAAAACCAUGUAAAUCGAGCAUCCCCAGAGGAUAAUAAAAACAAAAGUAUUAUGUUUUAGUACUAUUGGACAUUAGUCAAAAUUUAAAUAA